AUGAGAAAACUCUUCAUCACGCUGCUUUCAGUAUUGGCAGCUCUAGUUUUUGCUGCUUCCGUUGUCGUUCUUGCUGAUACUCCAGAGGCUUCUAUGGAGGGUAUCAUUGAUCUCUCCAGCUCGAAUGUGGAUUCCGUACUUGAUGGAAGCAAGAGCGUACUCGUUGAAUUCUACGCACCAUGGUGUGGACAUUGUAAGAACCUUGCUCCUGAGAUGGCCAAGCUCGGACAAGCCAUGAUCAAGGCCAAGCCAGCAGUAGUCUCUGUUGCUAAAGUGAAUUGUGAUGUUGAGAGGGAUAUUUGUAGCAAAUAUGGUGUUCAAGGAUAUCCAACACUCAAGUUCUUCCCACGUGGAAUCAAGGAGCCAACUGACUACAACAGCGGAAGAAGUGUUGAAGCUCUUGUGGACUUUAUUAAUUCAAAGGAACCAAGUGCUAGAUUGAGAGUUUCUAAGGAACCAACCUUUGCUGAAGAACUCACUCCAUCAAAUUUUGACAGUAUUGUUUUUAAUCCUGAGAAGAAUGUUUUGGUUAAAUUCUACGCACCAUGGUGUGGACAUUGUAAAAAGAUGGCUCCAGACUAUGAAAAGGUUGCCAAGGCAUUUGCCAACGAGAGGAAUGUUGUGGUUGCCAAGGUUGACAGCGACAAGUACAGAGAUCUUGCCUCAAAAUAUGGAGUUCAAGGAUAUCCAACUCUUAAAUUCUUCCCUGCCAAGGCUGACAAGCAAGCUGAAGAGUACAAUGCAGGUCGUGAUGCUCAAGCUAUGGUUGACUUUUUGAAUCAAAAGGCUAGUACAUUCCGUACUGUUGAAGGAACCCUUUCUGACAGUGCUGGACUUGUUUAUAACUUGGCUUCCUUUGUUAAGAGCUUUGUCUCUGCCUCCACCAAUGAGGAAAGAAAGGAAAUCAUGAAGCAAGCUGAGGAAAAACUCAAGACUCUCAAUUCAUCUGUUCACGCAAAUGGUGAUUUAUAUAUUAAGGCCAUGGCUCGUGUUAUUGAGAAGGGAAUGGAAUAUAUUGACGCUGAAAUUGUUCGAGUUGAAAAGAUUUUGGGAGCUGGUUCAGUUUCAGGUGAGAGAGCUGAUGCCAUGAAGACCAGAUUGAACAUUUUGAAGACUUUCCAAAAAUAA